AUGCCCUGUGAACCUCUACAGCGGAACAACCUUAUAAAUGAAUACCAUCACGGGCUUAUGUCUGGACACUUGAUACAGCCGCUGGAGGUGCCUAACCUUCCCCCAUCUCACGAGAAUAAAAGACCAGAGAAAGAACAGAAGAAAGGAGAAUUAGAGAAUAAAGAAGGAGUAAAAUAUAAUAUAGACACUGGUGGCCACUUUACCCAAGGACACUGUGGCCACUUUACCCAAGGACACUGUGGCCACUUUACCCAAGGACACUGUGGCCACUUUACCCAAGGACACUGUGGCCACUUUACCCAAGGACACUGUGGCCACUUUACCCAAGGAUACUGUGGCCACUUUACCCAAGGACACUGUGGCCACAUUACUCAAGGACACUGUGGCCACCUUACCCAGCAGGAAAUGCUGUAA